CUCGAGUACUGUUGAAUUUGAAAUCGGCUUCAAUUCGGAGCACACUCAAUGGUCGAUUUAUAGACGGUCUAUAUUUGUAGAUAUAAUAUUGCUAGUACUAUUAUAGCUAGAUGACGGCGGAUUUGGCUGCUUACUUCCCGAACUCACGACACGUGUCGUGGCUCAGAACUUCUACAUAAGUGGUAAUCGACCUGUAUUGAUCCCCCACAUCAGUUCAACAGAAACAUUCACUCAUAAAACUAGUCUACUGUAAACUCUACCAUUACAACUUACUCCUACCAUUCAGUCUUUAUUAAAGCGUAUCACAAACAUGGCCACCCAAACCGAACCCGAGAUCGUUCUGUAUGACUUGGCCAACACCAAGAACGUCUGCUUCUCCCCAACAGUCUGGCGAAUCCGUCUCAUUCUCAACUAUAAGCAAAUCCCAUACAAAACGAUCUUCCUAGAGUUCCCCGAUAUUGAGCCUACACUGAAAGGCCUCGGCCUCGUUCCCGGCGAAUCCCCGACCGGAGAAAAGCACAAAUAUACCGUCCCCGCCAUCCACCACGUCCCCACUAACACGCACAUCAUGGACUCCACCCCCAUCGCCAAGUUCCUCGAGGCCACCUACCCCACCCCAAGCCUCCCCCUAACCUCCGAGCUAGGCCGCACCAUCGAGGUGCAGGCGCGCUCUGUCGUCGGGCCAACAUUCCGCGCCUCAGUAGUGCCGCGCGAGAUUAACAUCCUCUCGCCCAGAUCACAGGAGUACUUCCGCCGCACGCGCGAGGCGGCGCUGGGGCGUAAGCUCGAGGAUCUGCUUGAUGCGGAGGAGGAGAGCUGGAAAGCUGUUAGUGAGGGGAUGAGGGGGGUGGGAGAGCUGAUGAGGACGAAUAAGGAGGAGGGGCCGUUUGUGUUGGGUGCGCAGCCGAGUUAUACGGACUUUUUUAUUGCGGGGUCGUUGCAGGCGGCGAGGGUGGUGGAUGAGGGUGUUUUUGAGAGGCAUAUGAAGUAUGUUGGGUAUAAGGAGGUUUAUGAGGCUUGUUUGCCUUAUAUGAUGAAAUAUAUUUGAGUGGGUGGCAUAGCGGGGAAGUGCCGUUGGAAUCUUGUUGAUCGGAUGGGGGAUUCGAUCGGUGAAAGGAGAGGGUUAUAGUUCAAGAAUUCAAGCAUGCUCAAGUAGCCUUGGUGAAUAAUAAUAUCUCAGUGCGUACUGAAUUCCAAAAUGUGCUGACACAAAUCGAAG